AGAAAACAAAGAUAUUGUUUUGAACAAUAAACUGCCUUCUGAAUCUUCUCCAGUAUCUUGCAGGUUGAAGCCAGGUGAUUGGGUCCUGAUUCGAGUUCUCCAUAGAAAGAAUUGGAGCUCGCCCCGCUGGGAAGGUCCCUACCAAGUGCUCAUCACCACACCAACCGCCUGUAAGAUAGCAGAAAGACCAUCUUGGAUUCACCAAAGCCACUGCAAGAAAGUGAGUGACAGCCCAGACUCAUAGACUCCAGCACCCCUACCUUCUGGUGAUCUACCUGGUGAAGAGAGGGCUGAUUGGGUAUAUCCCGCCCUCUACUUCUCGCCAGUAGUCUACUCACCCGAGGAUCUAGGUGUGUUUGGCUGUCAUGAAGACACUCGCCGUCCUAGCAGCUGUCCUCCUGCUCCUAGCAGGACUCCUCGCACUUUUCGAGGACAAUAAAGAACAAAACACAAGCCAAACGUGCCGCCAGCUUUUCGGGCGUUGGCUAUCAGCAUAAUAAAAUCAUCAUCAACGAGACAAGCUCAUCUACCAUCUACUCGCUUAACUUCCUUAGUAUCUUUCAGGGACCACCCCAACACGAGAUAAUCACCAUUGAAGACGCUGGACUUGACAAUGGAACGUGUGACCAACUUUUCUGGAUCAACUUCAACGUGAUGAACCGGAACACAUCCAUUCACUUCCCAGUGUUCUUGGACCAAACCCCAGGGAAGAACCACUCCAUGUGCUACCGGCAAGACAACGGUAACAGACCGCUUGGAAACACCACUAAUUGUAAUCAGACCGCUGGAAACGGAGAAGGUGCCCCUGUGAACACAGCCAACCCCUCUAAUGGCACCUACUGGGUGCAAGGAAUGGCCCGGCUAUGUGGACAACGUGCUUAUUUCAUACUACCUCCAGGGUGGACCGGAGUUUGCGCUCCCAUCUUCAUCUCAGAUCACACCUUCAAAAUAACUACAGGAAACGCCACAAGGACCCGACGACGACGAGACGUCUCUGCAGUACAACCACAUGACCCUAUCUGGGGAUCAGAUGUUCCACAGGAAUUUAAGCUUUGGACAACCGGCCAGAAAGUGACCCACGCCCUGUUUCCCUGGGUAGGAGUCGGAAAACAUGCUUUACGAAUUGAAACUCUGGACUACCGUUUUGGACUGUUCCUGAAUGCAUCCUGUAACAUAAACGAUAAACAGAAUCAAGAAAUUGACGCUCUGCGCAUUGCAGUAAUGCAACACAGGGUGGCGUUAGACAUGAUCCUCGCUGAAAAGGGAGGACCAUGUGUCCUCUUUAACAACACAUGCUGUACAUACAUUCCAGAUAAUGUACACUCAUCCAAUAUGACUGAUGCUCUGAACACACUGAGACAACUCAGGGCUGCACAACAACAAGACUAUGUCACAAACACUGAAGAUUGGCUUACAUGGUUGAUAAGCGGCUCAUGGAAGUCCCUUUUGAUUAAAGGAUUAGUUUUUGUGGGAGUUUUACUGUUACUGCUUUGCUGUUUUACCACAUGUAUUCUUCCCUGCAUACAGUCCAUGAUAAACAAGGUGAUCGCAGUCCGUGUACAGGCAUAUUUGACUCUGCCCAUGGACGAAGACGAAGAUGACCCUCCUAAAGAUGACUUAAUUACAACAUCAUAAUGUUGUAAUUGAUCUGUGAAUGACAUGCUGAUCAUUCCUAAUCUUCUCCAUCCUCAUCACUCAGAGCAGUUACUAGGCACCCAAUGCCAACCAAGAACUGAAUUUAAAUACAAAACCUGUUUAGAAAUCAUUCUUCAUGGCAAUAAAAUCAUUACCAUGUACUUUUUAAAAUGAUCCUCUCUUUAAAUAACUGUGUAAAAUGUAUUCAAAUUGCUACAUCAGAGUAAUAGUGACUGGAAAGCAUAAACUUUCCUCACUGUAUUUGUGUGUGUGUGUUUUCAUGUGCACCUGCAGGGUUUGUUCUUAGUCGAGCUGCCCCACAAACUCACCAGGCCCUCAUGACUGAUCAGCAACUGGUGAAGAAACACCAGUACACAGGUGCACCUGCUCGAGCUGUAAAAAUAAGUGGCCCAUUUAGCCAUGCAAAGAUCAAUUACCGCAACUGGCUCAGAGACCGCUCGGGUCUGCACAGUCUGCUUCUCCAGUGAUACACUUCAGUGCUGCUGACAGGACCACGGCUUUGAUUAUUUGUGCGACGGGAGCCCAAGUUUGUGUUCUCAAAUCGGCACAGAGCUGCGCAAACUUCAUUCCCACUUUGAUUUGAACCACACUGUUAUAAAAUCAGGUCUAGAGGCGUGUGACCUACAUGCAACUUAACUCAAACUCGUCAGUGUUUCCAUGACAAUGGAUAAAUCCUACGUUGUUCACCUGAGAAUACCAGCCCUGGGACCAGGGGGGGUGAUGAGGCUGAUGGGUGUUUGUGCUGUAAGGAAAAUAUGCCAAGAGCAAACUAAACAAGUUUGGUUCAUGAGAUCUGUUUGUGAUCUGACAGACCACGCCGUGGUUUAUUUAUUUAUUUAUUUUAAAUCUAAUGACUGAUGGAAAUAAUGUGAUUAAAAAAAAAAUCCACACUCUUUCAUUAUUCACUUGUAUAAGGCAGAAUAAGGGAAACAAAGAUUUCAUUAGGCUUUUGACUGAGUACAGUAAAGACUGACCUGGAUUCAACCUCCAGUGUGGAGCUAUCAUUGCCUCUAUGUGUUACUGGAACUGAGAGUGCUUUAUUAUUAUGUUCAUUAUGCAGGUCUGAAGCAUAUUCACUAACUGGAACAGGGAGGUUGGAGAACAGCUACUUAAGAAAGAAAAAAAAAAUCAUGCAUCUUGUGUAUGUUCAGCCUUUUGUUUCUGUCGGGUGGGUGAACAACGCCUCUCUUCCCCACUCACACAGUUUGUGUUGGCUGCCAACAGAUAUUUUGUACUGCAUCUCAUCCUUCGUGUUUGCUCUCUCUCUUCCUUGAUCACUGCUGUAUGAAGCAAGCUUGUCUCGGGGCUUUGCAAAGUUUACACCCUAACUACUCUGACUUUGUUUCUCCCUGCUGUCUUUAACAAAAGAAUUUAACAAGGAGCACAUUACAAGCUACCACCAGUACACCAGUAUAGAGUAUUGCUGGGUUAUUACUGCAUAACAGCAGUAAUAGUUUUGUUUAACAGAGCUUUGAGUAAAAAUCGUGUGCCCUUAUCCACACAGGGAUAACCACAACAUGGUGAAACACCGGAAAUGAAAGUGUAGUGUGCUGAUCAGCAAUGAGCUGAGAAUCUUAAAGGUGAUCAAACCCUUGUAUGUUCCUCAGUGCAGUCGAGCCUGGCCCACUUUAUCCUGCUGCAGAGAAGGGCCCUUUAAAUAACUCGCUGGGUAUCAAGUAUAGGCCGGGCACUGGACACACUUUGUCCUGAUAGCACACUCCACAUCCCCAUCUGGGGCCGCCAUCCCCUAACUGAACCCAUAACCUAUUUACAGGUCUGACAUCAUAGUAAGACUUCAUAGUGUACAUGUACAGUAAUAAUUAUGAGCACUUAGAGUGCUAAGAUCUGUAGUGCUUGUGUUUGUCUGUAGUCUGGCCAAUUCUUCAUGAAUGUUGUUGUUGUUUUUUUUUUAUUUUUGCGUGCAAUAUCUUGCAUGCAAAGCAGUGAUUCACGUGCAAGAUGCUUGCACCCAAAACAGAUCCAGUGGGACUAACACUCACAAAGGUCAAAUAUUAUUUCCUCUUAUAUUUAGAAAACUGAUACCAAAGUCAUCUCGCCUUAGCUUCCUUGCAGGCCAUCAUAGUGGCUUGUUGCACGUAAACCUUCCACCGAUCCCUCUGCUCUGUGACCUUCUGCAGUGAAUCUGGGUUAGGCUAGCACUGGAAAUGAUAAUCCUGUUUUUGUCUUGUUUAAGAAUUACAAAGUGCUGGACAGCUACACGCAGCUUGUAGAUAACCCAUGUUCAGUCCAACCAUGCAAUUUUUAAUUUUCAUUCUUACUGGUCAUGUAUACACACACACACACACACACACACACACACACGUAAAUUGUGUUUAAACACAUUGUGUUUUUUAGUUUUUUGCACCACGGUGCCUUAAUUUCACAUAAUCACAAUAUUUGUCAUUUUUUUUUAUUCUUGUACAAGCGCAAGUUUACCCCUGUGUUGCAUCAUCUUCCCUUUCAGUAGCACUCUGCAAAUUUUGAGGAACUUGGAGGAGCAGCUGCUGUGGUUUUGGAAGCCAAAUGUUUUGCAGUUCUUGCUUGUUAUAGGAUUUCAGCUGCCCGGCAGAUAUGGGCUUCCUUUGUUCUGUCUUUUUUUUCAUAAUCUCUAAAUGUUUUCACUUGCUCACAUCUGUGGACUACAGGCAGACUGCUGAGCCUUUUUCCCCCCACAAAGCCACACUUUGUAAUACGUGAAAAUUCCAGUUUAGCAUUGCCCUUAAAUAAGUGAGGCCUUACCUGAAAAGAUACCCUCUGGAUGACAGCAUGUGUUGCUCUAAAAUUGGCAUAUAUUCAAUAAUUAGAUGUUCACAUAGGUGCAGGCUAUCACUGCCUUGGGCACUAAUGCACCCCUCAUAACAUGCUGGCUUUUAACCUAUAACCUCCACAGACUCUCCUCCUACAGAGGAUGCAGCGACCAGAAUUACCAGAAUUUCAGAUUUUCCUAGUCAGACCAUAAGAGGUCAUGCAGUCAUGAAAGUCAGUGCUGCUUUUCAGGUUUCUCUGAUUCUUUUAAUGACACAGAAAAAAUAAACCCCCCAAUUUCCAGAAGUAGAUUUUUUUUUUUUUAAAGCCAUCCAAAUCAUUUAAACCAUUUGUCAGUCUGAACAUCAGAUAUUCUUUUUUUGAACUAUAAAAAUGCCUUAAAUGAUUUGAAGACCAGUCUAUUUUUAUUUAGAACAAAAACUGGCAUUGAAUUUUUUGUAGAUAUGUUUAUGCAAUAUAGCAGCAUGGUUGCUGUGGUUAGCAGUGCUGCUGCCGAACAAUAGUGUCCUGGCUUUGAACCCAGUCUGUGUGGUAUCACUCCGGUUACUCCAGCUUUCUCCCACAAUCACAACACCAGUCGUGUGAAGGCAUUUUAUAUUGUAAGAUAACAACCUUACAAACUCAUAUGUAUAUAUGACUCAUCAUAUGACCGUCAUUUCAAAAUGCUGCUUUGUCUAAUCAUGGUUACACACCCUUAAAAACAUUGAUAUUCCUGUUGGCAUUAGCGGUUUGAGUUCAGUUGCUAAGUAAUGAAUGAUAUCACGCUAACACACUGAAUUGAAAUGUUAACUAUUGUAAGAAAUUUGCAACAUAGUCUCAUUUCAACUUUGUUGGCAUGCUGAUGCCAUCCAUGGGUAUAACUGCUUUAAGCUUCUAGCGCAGCCUUUAACAACUUCUCAGUGGCGUUGCAAUGUUUAAGAUGCUCACAGACUUCCUCAUUCACUCAGGAACGCACACAAAAAUCAGAAACUGCCUACAUGGUCUUUUCAAAGUCCAGCAUAUUCAACAAGAGCUGCUCUGCUUUCUCACUGAGUAAAAAUGGAGACCACCCACUCUGUGAUCUGCUAGAUUUUAGUUAGAAAAUAGGGCAUACAUAUGAAGUAUAAUCUAUAUUUGGAAAUAAAAAGUUUACUCAUGUA